AUGCGCCUUCCCCUCCCGCCGCGUCUUUGGCUGGCCGCUCCCGCCUCGGUCUCCAUGAGCCACAUCUCCAUGAGCCACUCCGAUGCGGAGCUGGCCUCGCUCACCGUGGCUGCGCUCAAGGAGCGUCUCCGGGAGCGUGGGCUGCGAGUCUCUGGAAGGAAGGCUGAUCUGAUCGAGCGGCUGUCUGCGCCGUUGUCCUCGCCUUCACCAGGGCCGCCGCCGCCGCUGCCGCCGCCGCCGCGAGCUCCGAGGCGGCCGAACAGCGCCCGUCCGCCUGUGCCCAUCGACGCGACGCCUCGAAAGGCGGGCGCCGCAGGGCCUGGCGCCCGGCGGCUGCGCGCCGCCUCGUGGAACGUGGCUGGCCUGCGAGGGCUGCUGCGCCGCGAGGAGGGGCGGUCGACGCUGCGGCGGCUGGUCGACGAGGAGGGCGUCGACGUGCUGAUGCUGCAGGAGACCAAGCUGCAAGAGAGCCACGUGGCGGAGGUCGAGGCGGCGCUCUACGAGGCGCUGGGCGGCGGCGAGGCGUGGCGCGCGGCGUGGGCAUGCUCGACGGCGCGCAAGGGGUACGCGGGCGUGUCGACCCUGUGGCGGCGGCGCGUUGGGGACGCCGCCUGCCGCCCGCUCUCAGUCGACCCGGCGCACGAGGCGGACAGGGAGGGGCGCGCGUUGCUGUGGGAGCUCAGCGGGGCGUCGGCGGUGGGCGGCGGCGGCGGCGGCGGAGGGCCGCGCCUCAAGCUGAUCAACGUCUACGUGCCCAACUCGGGCGCAGACUUGCAGAGGCUCGAGUACCGCACGGACCGCGCGGCGGGGUGGGACGCGAGGUUCCGCGCUGCUAUCGCGGCGCAGGCGACGGGCGAGAGUCGCGUGUGCGUGUGCGGCGACAUGAACGCCGGUACGACGCCCGAGGAGCGCGCAUCGCUGCGCUGCUUCCUGGCGCCGCCGCUCGGCAUGCGCGACGCCUUCCGCCAGGUGCACGGGCGUGCCGCGGGGCAAUACACGUACUGGUCGCAGCGAGCGCGCGCCCGCCCCGCCAACCGAGGGCUCCGGAUCGACUACUUUCUGCUCGCGUCCGGCGUCCCGCCCGCCGCAGUCGUCGACGUGCAACAUCUGCAGGAGAUGCACGGGAGCGACCACUGCCCCAUCUUGCUCGAGCUCGACCUCGCGCGGCUGUGA